AUGAAACAGGCAAACCUUUUCUCCAUCUCACUCUUCCUACUCUUUUGCUCCACCACCUUGGCCAUUUCACCUGCACCUGCAGCAGCACCAAAAGCCCCUGCAGCAAAAACUCCACAUACUCCAAAUGCUGCAGCACCAUCACCAAAACCAUUAGUCCCUACAUUACCUCAGUCUCCAGACUCGCCUGACUCUGUCCCCGAUGACAUUACCAGAAUCCUCAAAAAGGCCAAAAUGUUCUCAACCUUAAUCCGCCUCCUGAAAACUACUGAAAUCAUGAACAACAUCAACUCACAGCUCAUAACAGCCAAGAGUGGGGGCAUAACCAUUCUUGCACCAGAUGAUUCUGCCUUUUCCAACCUCAAAGCUGGCUUCCUCAACUCCCUUAAUGAAGGACAGAAAAUCGAACUUGUGCAGUUUCACAUUUUGCCAGAGUUUGUGUCCACCUCAAACUUUGAUUCUCUAAGCAACCCUGUGCAGACGGUGGCUGGAAAAGACCCUGUAAGGCUUCCACUGAAUGUGAACGCAUUAGGUAACAGUGUCAACAUUUCAACUGGGGUGGUCAAUGCCACCAUUCUGGGGGUAGUGUACUCGGAUAAUAAACUUGGGAUUUAUCACGUGGACAAGGUGCUUCUUCCUCUAGAUUUCUUUGUAACCGAUAAGGCUCCAGCUUUGGCUCCUUCAUCUCUUGCAAAGGCUCCCAAAGAUGCGAAGGAUAACUCUUCCGAGGAUGAUCAAGAGGAAACUAAGCAGGAUCAAAACAAAUCUGCGGCAAUGAGUUUGGUUGGCAUUGGUGGAACAACGUUCAUGUCACUUGGAAUAGCUUUGGUCGCAGUGGCAACCAAGUGGAGUUGA